AUGGCGAAGAACACGUUCAUGACGGUGUUGGAGUCCGACCUGAGGGUGCUGAGCACGGAGGCCAGGAAAUCGGACGGCCUGGCUGGACAGCUGGCCGGCUGGCUGAACAACUCCGAACAAACCGCGGUGAAGGACGCCGCGGAGCGGGCCGUGAUGCGGCUGCGGGCCUUCUCGAGGGAGCCCAACUGCCUGGAGGCAAUCCGCGGCAGCAAGGACGUUCUGCGGCCUUUCGUGCUCGCAUGCGAGACAAAAAACUCGCGCCUGACGAGCCAUGCCCUUGGGUGCAUUCAGCGGCUGCUGGCGAACGACGCUGUGUCCGCCGAGGGGAGGGUCGCGGUGAUUACGGUCCUACAGCAUCUGGAGAAGAGCCAUGACGAGGGUGUCAAAUUGAAGAUGUUACAGACUGCAUUAACAUUGCUGCAGAAUCCAGCCGCUUCUGAUAGGGAGGAGAAUAUCUGUAACCUGCUUGGCCUGAAUUUUCGAUUGCUAGCACACCCUCGAAACACAGAGACGGUCGUCAGCACUGCAGCAGCAACGGUCAGGCAGGCUGUUACACUGGUCUUCGACCGAGCACUGGCAGAGGAUGAUGCCAUUGAUGAAUACCCAUCAUCGGAAGAAGAACGAAGGCUGUCCCACUCUCAGGCAACUGGGAGUGGCAGGGAGAUUGCAGCACUACAUCUCCUAGAGGACAUGUGUGAAAUGUGCAGUGGCAGUCCCGCGACUUGGUUGCAGUCCCCUGUGGUACAACGCCAGUUCAUCCUUGACAUGCUGGAGUACGUGCUUUCGCACAAACCCCAGGUCUUCCACAGGCUUCCUUUGUUUGAGGAGGCCCUGCGGGAGCGGGUGUGCCAUGUGCUGGACAGCCUGCUCAUGGAGUACAUGCAGCAUGAUGGCGAGCCUGCAAGGACGGGAGAGGUUAGGGCUGCUUUCCGUUCUCUUGCGACGACCCUCGAAAACUUCUACACACUCAUCCCUGCGAAGGUUGCCCACUUCCUCGACAUCUUAUUUAAAGGCACGUCGGCUGGAAACCCUACGUGGCGCAGGACGUGCUGCCUGCAGGUGUUGCGCCACCUCAGCCUGGACCGUUACCUUGUCUACUACCUCUACACCACUUAUGACAUGAAAAUGGACUUCCCCAACAAUGCAUGCCACAAUCUGGUCGAAGUAUCUGUGGCCGUGGUGCAACGGUUCCUCAAGCUGCAUCCAGAUGACGGGGACGGCACGAGCAUGGCUGUGCUGGGGUCGCUGUACAAGGCGACUGUGGGGCAAAGUGGCUGGUCUGUGGAUAUUGAUGCCAAUGGCGUGGGUGAAGCGUAUCUUGCUGCUAUGGGCCUGGAUGCGAUCAUCAGCAUUGUGGGUGCCAUCGAGGCGUUGGCAGAAAAAUGUGGCGAUGGAGGCGACUACAGUGUGGCGUCGCCCCAAGCUCCUGGCACAGGUUAUCCCAUCAUAAAGCACAAUGCGCUGGUGUCGAUGGUGGACGAUUUGUGGCGAAUGGUGCUUGGUGCCUUCAAGUCUCUCCUCCUCAGAGGCUGUGGAGAUGACCUGCUGCCUCAACUGAUCAAGGGAUAUCAGAGCAUGUUGCAGACAUGUGCUUCCUUGCAUGUGAAUGCAGCCAUGGGUGCCUUCCUGACAUCGCUCUGUGAUCUGUCACUACCUGCUCUCACUGCAGUGGAUGUCACCCCACACGGGGGUGUCGCAGCAGGGUCACCAUGGGGGACUGUUCUGAAGCCCAUGAACAUUCAGGCCCUCCAUGCCCUCUUCAACAUUGCUUACCUCCUUGGAAACUCCCUGGGAUCCUCAUGGGUGCUGGUGGUGCGCACGCUUCAUGCUGUAGACCAAAUCUUGCUGUCACCACACACCACAACACAAGAAGCCAACAAGGAUGUGGCGUCCGCAGGGCAGGCCACAGAGCUCAGUGUGCUGUCAGCCGCCGUGACCCGAGUCUUUGAAGGCAGUGCCCUGCUGAACCCUGAGGCGGUCAUCAGCCUGCUGGCGGCUUUAAGGGACGUCUCAAGCCAGACCUUGCAGAAAUCCAACCGUGGCCCCAUGCGCCUCUUUGCUCUAAGUCGUAUGGUGGAUGUUCUGCUGCACAAUGUGCACAGGAUCCAGGACUUGUGGGGCAUAUUCCUGUCCCACAUUGUGGAGGUGCUGAGCUCCAGCGAUGCUGCUGUCAGAACAGCAGCAACGUCUGAGCUCAACCGAGCUGUGACUGGGGCUUUGGGUUUGCCGCUGCGGAGCGAGGAUGGUGAAUCUGACGAUGGGGAAGAGGAGGCCACUCCCCAGGACGAAGCACCUUCCAUGGCUGUGGACAAGGCAGUGGAGCACAUGAUUCUUGUGGCACUUGAGUCCCUGUACCAGGAUGUGGGGCACUCCGAUGUUCGCAGGGGGAUCUUGCAGAUAGCCAUACUUGUCCUGCAGCGGAAUGGAGACUUCCUGACUCGAGGUUGGAGCCCAAUCCUGAGGCUGCUGGAGAGCGUUCCCAUGAGCGGUGAUGAGAUGCUCAUCAGCACAGCUUUUCAGAGCAUCGAACUGCUGAUGAAUGACUACUUUGCGCUCACUGUGCCAAAGGACCUGCACCUGAAAUGCUUGGAAGUGACUGCCCUUUAUGGAACCCAGAUGGCUGCUGUCAAUGUCAGCUUGACAACAGUACGUGUCCUUUGGGAUGCAACAGACACGUUCCGACAAUUGCCAGGACCAUCUGAACAGCAUCCCAGCGAUGGCAGUGUCACACCUCAGCUGUCAUCGGAAAACAGUGCCAGCAUUGGCACAGUCGGCGAUGAUGAGCUGCUGGUGUAUGUGUUCUCUGCCCUACAGCGGCUCAGCAUGGACAGGAGGCCAGAGGUUCGGAGCAGUGGCAUAAAGACCUUCUUUGCAGUGAUCUCAAGCUUCGGCAACCAGAUGAGUCUGGAGUUGUGGGAGAGGUGCCUGAGGGCGAUGGUCCUGCCACUUCUGAAGUCAGUGUACAACACGUCGAUCACAUCCAGCAGCGAGGAAGCACAGGCAGAAGUGCUUGGCAGGGAAGGUGGCAAGUCAGUCACGAUGCUCGUGCACCACAGCCGGAACACAGAGAGGAAACUGUGGGAUGAAACACUGGUUUUGGCUCUCGGUGGCAUGUCCAAGCUGCUGAGGGCCCACCUGCCCAAGUUAGUGCAGUUGGAUGACUUCCUAGGUGACUGGAAGGAGAUAAUCCAGUUGACCGAGGACAGUGUGGCGAGGGCUGCGAGGGAAGUUGUGUCUGCAGGUAUUGGCCUCAUGACGAUGGUGGUGCAGACAUUUUCCUCCUCCGACAUCCUGACUUCGGAAAUGUUGCAGUGCCUUUUUGGGGCCCUGCGAGAGACUGUGAGGUCCAUGACGUCCAGCCAGGCAUCCAUGCCAACAGCGGCUCGUGUUGAGAUGGUGCAGGGUAUAGGGCAGAUGUACUCCAGCUUGAAGGAACGGCUGGGCACUGAUGAAGUGGUGGUGAUGAUGGGGUGGCUGGACCGAUUCGUAAGGUACCCGAUGGGUCCGAAAGACACGUCGAUGCACCUGCCAGGGUGCCUGCCCAGCGUUCAGAGGGCUGUGCUGAAGCUGAUGGCGGAGCUGGCGGCCCUGCAGAGUGCGGAGUUGUGGCCGAUCAUUAUCAGGACCCUCUGCGACUUCCUUGAGCCACCUGGCCUGGCCGUGCCCCCCGUGCUGCAGGGCCGCAACGAGGGCAGGGAGUCGGCCCCUGACGCCCUCUCUUCCGACUUCAUGGAGCAGGCAGUGGAUGAGCUUGUUCGGGUGUACUGUGAGCAGGCGCCAUAUCCAAUCCGCGUUGCCCUGUUCAACCCAGUGGUUGCAGCCCUUGCCCGGUGCAUGGUGUCCAGAUAUGUCAGCUUUGAAAAGGGCCUUUGGAGCAAGGCUGCGGCGGCAUUCAACACGGUGGUGACAGCCGGACUGCCUGCCAUUAACAUUGCCAGCAGUGGUGGUGGCACUGUCCAGCAGUCUCCAUGGGAGGUGCUGGCCGCUGCAUUUGAGGCCUUUCUCCUUGGCAAGGGAAUGGAUGUGGAAAUCCCGGACAAGGGCCACAGAGCAUCUGGAAGCUCCAGCGACUCGAUGAGUUUGCAGGCACUACAGAUCCUGAGCCCAAGGGCCAGAAUAGAGGCCUCAAGGGGUGACUCUGAAGUGCGCAUGACUGUGCUUGAUACACUGGGGGAUGUUGUGCUCACGGCAUGUGAGCAUGCAUCACUGGAGAUGAGGACACGGCUUGUCAGAAUUGUGGAUGAGGGGAUGACAAGGUCCGAUCCCAGUGAUGGGGCGCUUGCAGCUGGCGGGCGGUUCAGCCAUGCUUGCCUGCGCAAGAUGUAUGUGCUCUGCAGCCGGGGAGAGGCUGGUCAAGAUCCCCACGGUGCCCUUCUGGAAGUAGCGCAGCUCGCCCUGCCCAUUUUCAUCUCGAGGUGUGACAGAAUCCUGCGCACGUUCGCCCAGGAUGACAGGCAGUCAGGGACCAUCCGUCUCCCCGCAGCCCAGAUCGACGAAGUGGUCUUCACCCUCGAGAUCCUGUCGUCCCUCACCCUGGACCCACGGGUGGUGGAAGGUGCGUUUGUCACCACUCCAGCACAGCAGGAACUCAUCAGCUGGCGGCCACAAAGGGAGGAAGCUUCUCCACUAGCAGGGUCCACAGCCACCAGGGGGAGGGCGCACCUCUUGUUCCUGUACCAAUCGCUGUGUGACUGCAUUACCUGCAAGGACACCCGUGUCAGAGGCAUGGUGCGAGACCUGUUGGUGCUUGUUGGGGUCGACCUGGGCCUGUUCAUGCCGCCAUCCAAACAUGAGGUUGGACCAGAAACCCUGCCGUAG